GUACAGCGCAAGAGCGCAAGCAAAAAGCCCGCGUCGAUGACAGUUUCGCGCGCGAAAAUUUUGUGACAGUUUUAUUUUUUUUAAUAAUAAUGAAAGGUCAAAGCAAAAGAUUUGUGAAUCACAAAGGUCAAGCUUAUGAUAUGGGUGUUAAAAAGGAUGAUGAUAAUAUUGGAUUUCUUGAUUUGUGGCGCUAUGCAACCCUCCCAGAGAAGCUUGCUACUCUCCUCGCGGCUAUAUCCGGCUUCAUAUGUUCUAGUGGAAUGGUAGCUGCUGUACUAAUAUAUGGUGAAUUGACAGCACUAUUCGUGCAGAGGAAUAAUGCGAAAGAUCCGCCGUCUAGUAGAAUGAUCUUGACGGUGUUUGGAGGGGCUAAUAAGUUAUACGAAAGCAAUAGAACACUCCACAUGGACGCAUUGGUCGAUGACUCUGUCUCUUUCGCACUCGCGAGUGUUGCAAUCAUGGCGGCUCAAAUAUUGUUCGCGGCUGCAGCUGUCAGUUUGGCUAAUUGGGCUGCUGUAAGAAUGAUAACAAGAAUACGAUGGCGACUGUUACGUUCAGUAUUAAGUCAGGAAACGGCUUUCUUUGAUACAAACACCUCAAUGAAUUUCGCUACAACUAUUACUGAGGACACAGAAAAGCUCCGCGCUGGUGUUGGCCAACAUGUAGCAAUGAUAAGCUAUUUAGUUGGCAAUGUUGUCAACUCGUCAAUAGUGGCCAUGGUGUACGGUUGGCAGCUAACAUUGGCCGGGUUGGCGGUUGUGCCGCUCGCUUUGGUGGUCACUGCUACUGUUGCAAAGUACCAAACGCGUUGUUCGUCAGAGGAAGUGACGUCAUACGGUACAGCUGGUCGAGUGGUUGAACAGGCACUCGCUGCUAUACGUACAGUUCGUGCUUAUGGUGGGGAGGGGAAGGAGGUUGAGAGCUAUAAACACUCCCUUAUUGGGGCUAGCAAAGCCGCUUACCGUCGCUGUGCGUGGGCAGCCACUGGCUCAGGGCUCGGUUGGCUGCUCACGUACAGCCUCAACGCGGUCGUGUUCGCGUACGGCGCCGCGCUCUGCGUGCGCGACAUGGACCUGCCGCCCGAGCGCAUGGCCUACCACCCGGGCGUGAUGGUGUCGGUACUAUUCUGCUGUUUCGCUGCAGCCCAAAACAUUGCCAUGUGCAAUCCACAUUUGGAAAUAUUCUCAACAGCAAGAGGUGCAGCUAAAUCCCUCUUUAAAAUAUUGGAGAAAAAGUCCAAAAUAAACGCUCUAGAAGAUUCUGGAAUUAAACCGGAGAAGUUUAAGGGCAAUAUCGUGUUUGAGAAUUUGUAUUUCAAUUAUCCGUCGAGGCCGGAUGUUAAGGUACUCCGAGGACUAACACUACGCAUAAACGCGGGUGAAACAGUAGCUCUUGUAGGCAGCUCUGGCAGUGGCAAAUCGACAUUAUUACAAUUAUUGCUAAGAGCAUAUGAACCUGAUGCAGGAAAUGUUACUGUGGAUGGAAAUAACUUGAAGGAAUUGAAUUUACACCACUUUAGGACUAGUAUUGGUGUAGUAGGCCAAGAGCCAGUGCUAUUCAGUGGCACAAUACGUGACAACAUCACGCUAGGAGUAGAUGGCGCUAGUGAGCAAGAUAUUAUACAAGCGGCUAAAACUGCGCACGCACACACGUUUAUAAGCAAACUUGUUAAUGGUUACGACACAACAAUAGGUGAGGGUGGGGCUCAAUUAUCUGGUGGACAAAAACAAAGGGUUGCUAUAGCUAGAGCGUUAUUGCGAAAACCUGCCAUUUUGUUGUUGGACGAACCGACAUCUGCGUUGGACCCGGCUUCAGAGAAACAGGUGCAAUUAGCAUUAGACGCUGCAAGUAAAGGACGCACUACGCUAGUAGUGUCUCAUCGACUAUCAACAAUAGUGAAUGCAUCUCGUAUAGUGUACGUGGACCAAGGUUCGGUUCUCGAGCAGGGCACACAUUCUCAACUGUUAGAAAAGAAGGGAGCUUAUUGGAAAUUAGUACAAAACGACUUGACUAAUAGGAGUAUAGUUACAAUGCAGGAAGAAUGUGCGAACGAUGAUGUUCCAGUGAAACUCACUCGAGUGAGGCGGAAUAGUAGUAUGCUGUCACGAAAAGAAUCAUUCAAUCGAGACAGUUUUAUCCGCGGAAGCCGUCGCAUGGGAUCAAUGACGUCACUCCACAAUUCACCACCAGAUGGCGUUCCGCAGAUUCAAGAGAUCGAAGGAGAGAAAGAAGAAGAUGUGUCCGCUUUACAACUUCUAAAGUUGAAUAAAGAAGAAUGGCCUUUACUCUUGGGCGGAGGAAUAGCGUCCUUAUUGAUUGGGGCUACAAUGCCGAUAUUUGCUUUGCUGUUCUCUAAGUUGUAUGGGAUGUUCUCAUGGCCAGACCGUGACGCAAUACUAGCACAAUCCCAACUAUACGCCGGUUUAUUCGCCGGAGCGGCAGCCCUGAGUGGUCUAGUGACGUUCCUACAGGGCUGGCUGCUUGGCACAGCGGGGGCUAAGCUGACGGACAGAUUGAGGGUUGCCACAUUUGCGAAUUAUUUGCGACAGGAACAAGGCUGGUUCGACGAAGCCUGUAAUUCAGUUGGCGCGUUAUGUGCGCGAUUGGCCACAGACUGUGCUGCUGUACAGGGCGCUACAGGAACUCGUUUAGGAACAGUACUACAAGGAAUUAGUACUAUGGUGCUAGGAGUAGGACUUGCUAUGUUCUAUUCUUGGAAAAUGACGCUCAUCAGUUUGAUUAGUGUGCCUUGUGUAAUCGGAGCGAUAUGUCUAGAAGGUUAUAUAAAUAAGAAAUCAGAAAUAAGAGAACAAGAGGAGUUGGAACAAGCGACCCGACUUGCUACAGAAGCUGUUAUGAACGUACGCACUGUACAUAGCUUAGGCGCGGAACAGUCGUUCCUCGACCGCUACGCACACUCACUAGCGUCCCGCCGGCCCCGCUGGGCGCGCGGUCCGGUGUACGGGCUGUGCUUGUGCGCUCCGACCGCGGGGUAUGCGCUGUCUUUGGCAGCCGGGGGAUGGUUGAUCGCGAGAGAGGGGUUGCAAUAUGAAUAUGCUAUUUUAGUCUCAGAGGCCCUAAUUUACGGAGCGUGGAUGUUGGCUGAGGCCCUAUCCUUUGCACCGAACUUUACAGCUGCAAAACGUGCUGGGGCCCGAGUAAUUAGGGCCCUAAAUAGGAGCCCUAAAGUGAGAGAUAUGUGUGAAGAUGAGGAAUGGGUAUCAACCGGCAACAUAACCUUCACCGACGUCCAUUUCUCGUACCCCACGAGGCCCCAAGUGCAAGUCCUUCGGGGCCUCAACCUUUCCAUACCGGCGGGACAGACUGUAGCCCUUGUAGGGCCCUCGGGGAGUGGGAAGUCUACGGUCAUGCAUUUGUUGCUGAGAAGCUAUGACCCUUUGAGCGGGUCUGUGAGUUUAGAUUCCCGCGACAUCAGCAAGCAGCUCACACUCAAACGACUCCGCAGCCAAUUCGGCUUAGUUCAACAGGAACCAACAGUUUUUGAGAGAAGCAUUCGUGAUAACAUCGCGUAUGGAGAUAACAGUAGAACGGUCGAGAUGCAGGAAGUUGUAGAUGCUGCUACAAAAGCGAACGUACAUGCGUUCAUAGCUAGCUUGCCUAUGGGUUACGACUCAGUGCUUGGAUCGGGCAGCGCGUCGCUGUCGGGCGGACAGCGACAGCGCCUCGCCCUCGCGCGCGCGCUGCUGCGGGAGCCGCGCGUGCUGCUGCUGGACGAGGCCACCUCCGCGCUAGACGCUGCUGCUGAGCAGGUAGUACAAGCGGCAUUAGAAAAAGCAUCGCUCGGACGGACAACCGUCAUCAUCGCACACCGACUUGCUACUAUCAGACAUGCACACCUUAUUUAUGUUAUUGAUAAAGGAGUGGUAGCAGAAAGCGGAUCGCACGAGGAACUAGUUAAAAAAAGAGGCAUUUACUGGGAUCUGUUGCAACAACAGGCGCCGGGAGACUUAUCCUAGUGUAGAUAUAGAUAUUGGUUUAGUACAAUUAAUAAAUAAACGAAUCUCAGAUCAACAAAUAAUAUAAAAAUGUGUGCGUGUAGUGUACACACGUAAGAAGUGAAACUUCUUUAUGACCUUAUUUUUCAAAAGAUAAUUUACUAUAAG